AUGCCGUCGAUAACGGACGUCACUCCACGAAGUGACGUAGACAACGGAAUUGUGGAGAAAAGCGAAGAAUUCCAAGAGCCCGAAUCAUUUCUGGAAGCAUUGCUGCAAACAGAUGAUCCACAUCGUGAAGAGUACUUCGGUGAUGAAUGGAGCAGAGACGAUUCACUGAGUAAUCUUUUCAAUACACAAUCCUCAUCAUCAGGACGCUAUUAUAAUGAGGAAGAGGAUGAAAAUGGCAAUAUUCGAACUGGUGACGAUUUGGCAUCGCUCUUCUUGUAUUGCCGAACGUGUGGACGCGGAAAACGCUCAGUGAAGAAUCAGAAUGCCACCUAA